GGCGGCCGCAGGCGGGCGGCGGGCAGCGGCGCGGCGCCUGACCGCAGGGCUCCGCUCCGCUCCCGAGGAUGCUGCGGGGCGAUGCCCGGCGACAGGGAGGACGAGAUCUGCCAGAAAGCGCUGCAGCUGCUGGCCGAGCUGUGCUCCGUCGGGGCGGUGGAGAACGAGAACUGCCGCGAUUUCAUCUACUACCUGCGGGACAGAGCCCGGCCCCGCCUCAGCGACUCAGAUAUCUCCAUAAGCCUGCUGUCCCUGGUUGUCACAGCCUGCGGCCUGGCUCUGUUCGGCGUGUCCCUCUUCGUGUCCUGGAAGCUGUGCUGGAUCCCGUGGCGGGAGCGGGGUUUGCCCUUCGGGAACAAGGACAGCAAGCAGGAGCCGCUGCACUACGCGGACGCCAAUGAGCGCGACUACAGCGAGGAAUACCUGGGGCAGCCCGCAGCCUACCCCGAGGCCUCCAUGAAGAUCAGCCACACUUCCCCCGACCUCCCGCUGGACACCCAGGCGGGAGCCAAGGAGAACUGCGUGCCCAACGUGCGGGUGCAGCGCCAGACCACUGAGCCCACCUCGUCUAGCCGGCACAACUCACUCCGGAGACAGCUCAACCUGUCCAACCCCGACUUCAACAUCCAGCAGGUCCAGAAGCAGGAGCAGCUGACGGGCAUCGGCCGCAUCAAGCCAGAGCUGUACAAGCAGAGAUCGCUGGACACGGACGACGGCCGGAGGAGUAACAGCAAGGCCUGUGGAAAACUCAACUUCAUCCUCAAGUACGACUGUGAUCUGGAGCAGCUGAUAGUGAAGAUUCACAAGGCCGUCAACCUGCCGGCAAAGGACUUCUCUGGAACUUCAGAUCCCUACGUGAAGAUAUACCUGCUCCCUGACAGGAAAACAAAACACCAGACUAAAGUGCACAGAAAGACCCUAAAUCCAGUGUUUGAUGAAGUUUUUUUAUUUACUGUCCCCUACAAUGAUCUCAACACAAGGAAACUCCAUUUCUCUGUGUAUGACUUUGACAGAUUCUCCAGGCACGACUUGAUUGGCCAAGUGGUAGUGGAUAAUUUUUUAGAUUUGGCAGAUUUUCCCAGGGAAUGUAAUAUUUGGAAGGAUAUUGAAUAUGUCACCAAUGAUAAUGUGGAUCUUGGUGACCUUAUGUUUUCGCUCUGCUACCUUCCAACAGCUGGUAGACUAACUAUUACAAUAAUAAAGGCAAGAAAUCUAAAGGCAAUGGAUAUCACAGGAGCAUCAGAUCCCUACGUGAAGGUUUCUUUAAUGUGUGAAGGAAGGCGGCUAAAGAAAAGGAAAACUUCCACCAAGAGGAACACUCUAAAUCCUGUUUACAAUGAAGCCAUAGUCUUUGACGUCCCUCCAGAAAACAUUGACCAAAUUAACUUGUCGAUAGCUGUUAUGGAUUAUGACCGUGUAGGUCACAAUGAGGUCAUUGGAGUUUGUCAAGUAGGCAACGAUGCAGAGAGUCUAGGUCGCGACCACUGGAACGAAAUGCUCUCGUACCCUCGGAAGCCCAUCGCUCACUGGCAUCCUCUUGUGGAGGAAUCAAGUGGGGGAGGGUGUCCAGCGCAUCCAGGCUGUGCAGAGAAAUAUAUACACAGCAUAUCAUUUUGGUUCCUGAAUCAGGAUUAGACUCAGCGAGAGCUUCUGGAACCUCUGUGGCCACAGCCAUAGGACCCUGAAUAUUUGCUGAAUAGGACCCUCAGUCUUCAACUGUGUGAAGAGCUAUUGGUUUCAAAUAGCGUGAUGUUAUCCACUUGUAGCAUUAAUUCUCCAGCUGACACUACUGCUACUGAUAGAUUAUUUGUAUGGUCGUAAGCAUUACCCAAAUUCAAGUCAUCAUUUCUGUUCAGUAGAAUAACCCAGGUUUACAAGCAAAAUGAUAGCAAUGUAAACCAACAAAUGUGGGAAGCAGCAACAAAUAUUGUCCUUGUAUUUGCAAAAAAGGUGCAGUAUUGUGAAUGAUUAGCUUUCUAAGUAUUUUUUUUUCAAGAAUGAUUGCCAUCAGAUACUUAUUUUUUGAUGACAAGUUGUGUCCUCAGUCUCAGCUGGUGCCUCCUUUCACCUGACAUGAAAACAAAUUAAUGUGGUUCCUUGCAGAAAUCCUCCAAAUCUGAAAAACUGUAAAAAAAGUUCUGCUGGGUGAGAACAAGAUGCAUAUGGUAUUUGUAAUGACAGCAUGUUAUUUGAGAAAGGAGAUAACCAUCUGUAUAACAUGGAGGUUGUUAGUCCUCGACCUUUGUGGAUGAUUUUCCAGUCAGCGUUUCUGAGUCGUGUCCACGACGCUGCAGACUGUUGGAAGCGUGUCCCAGGUGGCAAUGCUGGAUCAUACAAACAAACACACACACCCCCCAUGUCGUCUGAAAAUGCUGUUCCAAAUAUAUAAUGCCUGUGAAGACUUCCUUUAUUAUUUGUGGUAGAGUUAGCAGGGCUGUUUUACAUGAUGGUAUAUUGUAAAUUCUGACAAAUUAUGUCCAUUAAAAGAAAAUUAAUCAAAGCGCUGCAUUUUGUCACGUAAUGAAAUUUGUGCCCCAAAGCAGGAGACCCUGGGAUAAAUUUUUCGCCACUUAUUUAGCCAUGCAUGGAGUUCUCUCAUCCUCCAGUGUCUUCUACAGAGAACUUGACUUGUGUCUUUACAUGGGAAUUUUUUGUUUAAAAGAUGCAAAUGCAAAGUAUGGAUUUUUAUACAAUACAGAUGUCUGCUGUGUACUUACAGAGAGGGAGCCCUGGUCUUUACACAGGGCUCAGAUAAGUUUAUGUGCACACACAUUGCUUCACAUCCUGUAUGUGCAGAUCCAAGCAUUUUGGAUCUGCAACUCUGCUGACGCAAAUAUGCAUGCACAGAUUUGAAGAAAUAUCUAACAUUUUGGUCUCAAGGCUGAAAAAUUACUUUUGUAACCUAUCAAUGAGGAUCUUCCACAAAAUCAGAAUUACUUGUGGGUAAAGAAUAUCUUGGAACUUGCAGGAGAUCUUGGAUCUGCUGUCAAUGUAUGCUGCAGGUAUAAAUGAGAAUUCCUGUAAGCACACCUGUUUUCAAAAAUCUCUUGCCAUGCCGUGGAGAAUACAGCUGCCACAGGCAAGGGCAUACCUGGCAAACUGAACAGCACUUCCAAACCUGCCCAAGCACAAUUUCAGGAGGGCAACCACUGGGCAUUUCCAAAAGAAUAAAAAUAAUAUUGCCAUGGCAAAACUGUUUCACUGCACCUUCAGCUUUCUAUCAGGAGGUGCUCCAUGAUAAUGUGCAUAUCUGCUCAUGCAUCAGCCUCCCCUCGGGCAGAAUCCUGUGCUCUUUACCCAGGAGUCACCAGGGGGAGAUGGGCCUGAGCAAAGGAGGAAGGGCUCUUCCUUGGAGAGGAGUUCUCUGAUUUCCUGGACAAAUCACUCUACAUUUCAUCUCUAUCUGGAAUGCAGUGCAGGCACGCUUCCCACUGCAAUAUUAGCAACAGAAACUGCUGGGAAGGGGAAAACACCUACACAGCAGGCUCAACUUGUGUCCAUGGAAAAGUGCAGGAGCCUUUCUAGGAUUUGUGCCCAGCAGCUCAAAGGGACAUCAGCUGAAAAGUGGUAUAAUUGCCAGUGGGUUGCAGUUCUUCUGUUUUAUUACCAUGCUCAGUUUAUUUAAUGCUCAAGGGUCUGGCAUCAAAAGAAUUAUUUUGAACAGAGCUCUACUAAAACAGGGAAAGAAAUCUCUGUGACAGUGAGCAUUUAAAGUGGAAUCCAGCAGACUUCAAAGGCUUAGAGAUGAGGAAAAACCCCUAAAUUUAUUGAAUUCUCCUAAUUUUUGCUCAUGACUUGCAAACUAUUACUCAGGCUGUGGCAUUACUAUGUGCUUUUUACAAAUACUUGCCUUAUCAUAGUGGUGCAUCUAUGGAGUGAUAGAUAUUUUCUAUAUUUGGAUACUUCUCUCUUCAUCUUUAUACUCCACUCAACCAGUGAUAUUCCCUAGACCCUAAAUAUUUUUCUGCUCUGGUUCUGGUUGGUCAGUAGACUGCUGCUGUCUUUGGACUGUGUUACAAUAAUACCACAGCCUGCUGGAAGGAACAGAGGAUAGAUAAUUCUGCUACAAACUCAGCUGGAAACCCAGGGAAAAGUAUGGUCCCAAUGCAGCUCAGUCUUUACUUUCUGAACUAUAAUUCUCAGUGGUGACUUAGGAGUAGACUGAAGAAUGUUUUCAAAGCUGAAACCCUCAUUUAUUUUCUUAUUUGCUGUGAAUGCAUUAUUUCAUUGUAUGACAAGUAUCGUAACUCUAAAAUAGAAAAGAAAAUAACUUAGAAAUGCAUCUCAGCAAGAUUUUAAUCCCAUUUUGCUCUUUAACAAUGUGCUGUUAAAUUCUUACUUUUAGUUUUCCCUAACAAGCCUCCGUGUCAGGUGCUGUUCUGUGAAAAAGCAGUGAGUGGCAAUGGGAAAACCUUCUGAGUUCCUGACUGUGAGGCGAGUACCAUGGACAGUGGCCUGAUAUUCCCAUGACAAAACACUCAAAAGUGCAACUCCUCUGCAGCUGAGUGCUCAAAUAUUUCUUUAUCUGCUUCCACUGGAUUCACAAGACAUUAAAAGCAUUGCUGUUUUUUUUUGUUUCACUUUUCCCUGCAAAUAGCCCUGGCAGUGGAAAAGCAGAAAUUCAUCUCAAUCUGGGGAAGCGGGGACUACCAGAACAGAAAACCAAUACGUAGCAUAAACGACCCAUUGUUAAAACUGUUCUUACCAGCCAUUUCAUGGCUCAGUUUUCCAUGCCAGCAGAUCCAUAAAACACAAAAGCAGCACGUGUGAGACAUUUGUUACAUAGAGGUACAAUUUAACUGCUGGUCUGGGAACUCCUGGAUCAAUACAAAAUGAAACAACAGCAAAGGGCAAUGCAAAAUAAUGGAAAAAAAAACCAAAAAAAGAGGUUAUUUUAGUCCACCCUUCUUGGCUUGAGGGGAUGGUUGUUGAGGGGGCUUUUAGUUGUUUUUUAUUCUUUGGUUUGGUUUGGUUUGGUUUGGUUCCAUUCAUGUGUUUUAAACACCAAGCGUGUGUAUGUAGCUAUAUUAACGUGAGCACCCAAAGCCAGAGACACAAGAGAUGUAUUGAUUUACAUGCUUAUCACCUAGCAGCACUCAAGCACUGAGGGGACGUGUCUGCAACGGAAAUAAAAAAUAACUGAAAACUCUUUUGAUUUAAAAGUAACAAACAAUAAAAGGAGACCAGGAAAUUCAGUUGAACAAUCUGUUUGACCCAGCUAGAAAUCCAUCUGAAAUGACUUUGCUGUUAAUAUAUUUUGUUUGAACAGAGGGAAGUGAAAAAAGUGGAUCAGGUGACUCCAUCUGAAGCGUCAUUGAUGAAAUGCUUUUUUUCCCCUUAGAACAGUGCAUUGCCAAACGAUUGCAUCUCAGUAUCAAGAGAGAAAGCAAUGGAUUUCUUAUCUAGUAGGGAAAAAAAAAAAAUCAUGUAGAGAAAGUAAUCCACAACACUGUAGAAUUUAAUAGAAGCCCCCUGUGCUGCAGAAAAGGGCAGCAGGACAGACUUGGUGACAGCAGCAAGGUGUCAGCUGUGCCAGGUGCCAGUUGUAUUCCAGCGGCACCGCGGCGCCCAAGGCUGGCUAGUUCCAAGAGCUGCGCUUACAGUUCCUUUCUAAUACAGUGGGUUGGGCAAGGAACCACAGCUGGAAGUUCUCCAGGGCCCUGCAGUUCUCUGGGAGCGCGUCCAUCUCCUUGGAGGUGCACAAAGGGCUGCCCGGGAAAGGCGUCACCCGCGGCGCGAAGGCGGCGCGCGCGGCACGGCGGGGGAGGUGACGGGAGGACUUGCAGACAUCUGGGCUCUUCAUUUGUUCCUUUGUUUUGUCCGGGCUCUUUAGUUCCUCCUCCUUUCUGCUCAAACAUAGACGUUGUAAAACUGAGAUGUUUUACUCGGUUGCAUGCUGGCCAGCUGCCAUCCUCGAUACCCAUCGCAAAGGUGCGUGAAGAGAGCUGUGUUGUUUUGGUAUACUUUUGGUUUUGGUAACACAUCGACAUUGUACUAUACUUUAUUAUUUCUUGUUCAAUAAAUAGUCCUGGUAUCUCUAUGUUUCAUGUCUAAUUUUGGAGAGUAGGGCCAUAGCUGUAUCGAGGCUCUCUCAAUUAGGUGGGCAUUUUGUUUGUUUAGUAGAAAUAAUGCAUGAUUCUUUUCGCAGUGAUGGUUUGAGGGACAAAAAAAUUCUUAAUUUUGUAAUAUGUAUUACAAUCUUCUGAACACAAGUAAAAAUGUACUGUGAUUUAUUUAUAUAAAUCUAGUCUGAACAAAUAAGUUUUGAUCUUAAUAAAAACUGUAAGAAAUUG